AUGUCACCACAUGAAGAACAAGCUAACAUCGACAAAGUGCUUAGUUUUCUUCGAGAGUGGGACCGCGGUGACAGCAAGGUCCGCAGCCACAUGUUGAACAGCUUUCUGACUCAAAACACCGGGAAGACGUUUUAUGAGCUGGAGCUGCAGUUUGCACAGGUUUCCAGUCUCUUUCUGGCUCGACUCACUACAUGGGUGAGACUCACGUAUAUGUUUGGGACAUUCUUGGGACCCCAACUGAAAGCAAUCAGGAUUUUUCUUUCUGCAUCAAGCCAUGAUCAGUACCUGAUGGAGUUCCUGGAGGAUGGAGGUGUUCUCACUCUCCUGGACAUAUUGAACCAUCCUCAGAGCAAAGAGGAGGACAAAACAGAAGCCCUAUGUCUUCUGCUCACUGUUUCAAAUGCUGGACGCAAGUACAAAGAGAUUAUCUGUGAAAGCCAUGGUGUGAAAGCCAUUGCAGAGUGCCUGAUCAAAUCAAACAUAGAUGACACCCAAGAGACAGCUUGGGCCCUGCUAGAGUCCUUGUCCCAUGGAAACCCAAAAUACCAAAACCAAGUCUACAAAGGCCUGAUCGCCCUCAUGGCUUGUAGCUCUCCUAAGGCCCAGCAGCUGGUCCUGCACACUUUACGGACCGUGCAGUCCAAAAUGAAGACAGCCCAUCACAGCAUUGUAGGACCUCUGCUGAAUAUGCUCAGGUCCAUGCACCUGGAGGUUCAGCAUGAAGCUAUUAAUCUAAUUUUAGAUCUGAUGAAUUUUGAUGUAAGGCCGAUGCUGCUCAGUGGCCUGGUGGCUCUGCUGAGACCUACUAAGGAAGACGUACAGCAGCACCAGAUCACAGAAGCGGCUGAGAGCAACAAAAUGACUGGUUCUCUGUCUGUGUUUGUGCAACAAGCUGCAGCAGCAAAAGCUAUACGGUUGUUGGCUGAAGAAAGUAAAGAGGUUUCUCAUGAGCUUCUCUCUAUUGGAAUGAUCCAGCAUCUUCUGUGCAUUGUGGGCAACAGAGAACACAUUGAUGCUCAAAUACAAGCCAGUCUGGCCUUGAAGCACUUUGUUCAGUCGUUUCCAGUUAUUGAGGAACAUGUGCAUAGAGUCAUGGGCAGUACACUGUAUGAAGCCUUCAUGAACAAAGCCGAGGCGUUGUACAUGAAUAUAGAUGAAACACAAGCAGCGAUCCUGCUGUCAGAAGAGAUUAAAAUAACUGAAGUUUUGGAUGUCCUCUGCUUCCUCGUAUCUGAUUGGACGAAGAGUGACUGGGAGUUUCUAACGUGGCGGGAGCCAAAAUCAACCCAUGAGAUAAACAAGACUGCUGUGCGAAGAGAAAAUGUAUUAGAAAGUUGCUUCAUGUGGAAUUUGACUAUGAGCAGGUUAGGUUCAGUGAUGCAAAAAGGCAAGAGAGCCAGUCUGGAAAUGGCAGAAACUGUAAAAGCAAAGCGAAAGAAGUCAAAGUCAACCGUGAAAGAAGAGAAAACCCUGAACGCUGCUUCACCCUCCACGUACCACACUUUCUCUGAUCCUGCUAAUGUGGUGCUGCUGAGGUCUCAGCUCCUGAACUGGUACAACAGAGACAAGAGAGAGCUGCCAUGGAGGACUCUGGCCAUGACAGAGCCAGACCUCAACAUCAGGACUUAUGCAGUGUGGGUUUCAGAAAUCAUGCUGCAGCAGACCCAGGUUGCCACAGUAAAAGGCUACUACAACAAAUGGAUGAAGCGGUGGCCCACAGUGCAGGAUCUUGCAGCUGCAACAUUAGAGGAGGUGAAUCAGAUGUGGGCGGGCCUCGGCUACUAUUCACGAGGAAAAAGACUGCACGAAGGAGCUCAAAAGGUGGUGUCAGAGCUUAAAGGACAGAUGCCUUGCACAAUUGACAGCCUGCUGAAACAGCUACCUGGAGUGGGACGCUACACUGCUUCAGCUAUAGGCUCUAUUGCAUUGGGCCAGGUUACGGGAGCAGUGGAUGGCAAUGUGAUUCGGGUGCUUUGUCGCCUGAGGGCCAUCGGAGCUGACAGCACGAGUCCUGCAGUAACAGAAGCACUUUGGAGUCUGGCUAAUGCACUAGUUGAUCCUGAGAGACCAGGGGACUUCAACCAGGCCAUGAUGGAGCUCGGGGCUCGAGUCUGCACCCCAAAAGGACCCCUGUGCAGCCAGUGUCCCAUACAGACUCACUGCCACUCAUAUUGCAAGGUUCAUGACAGACAAAAGAAAAACUCCAAGAAACUCUUUGCAAAGCUUGACAGGAAGACGACAGCCCUGCCUGAUAUAGAAGACUGUAUGAACAGUGAAACAUGUCCAUUGUGUCCGUCGGAGCCCUGGGACGAUGAGUUGGGUGUUCAGAACUUCCCCAGAAAGCCAGCGAAGAAGCCGCCCCGAGUGGAGCGAACUCUGACCUGUGUGGUGAUCAGACCUGGAGAGGAGGGAGAGGACAUGUACCUGCUCACACAGAGACCAAACAAGGGUUUGCUGGCAGGCUUGUGGGAGUUUCCAAGUCUUCUGCUGGAGGGAGAGAACUCGGAGAUUAAACAGAAGAAGGCACUAUGUGCUAAGAUCAGAGGGAUACUGGGAACCCAUUUGACUGAAGGCCUCUUCCAGUAUGUGGGAGAGGUGGUGCAUAUCUUCUCUCACAUCCACCAGACAUACGUGGUUCACAUUGUGUGUUUGAAGGACGGUGACUCACAAACACAGACUGAAAAUGCACAGUGGCUCUCCAGAUCUGCUCUGCAGGAAGCUGCUGUGUCCACAGGAGUGAAAAAGAUUGUGAAGCUCUGUGAUUCUCUGGACAGCCAAAAGAAACAGGCCUCUAAGGAUGGAAAAAGGCAAAAGCACACUGGGCCAAAGAACGAGAAGAGGCAACAGAACUCAAAAAAGCCCAAACUGAGUGCAGCGAACGGCAGUAGCAGGCAGCUUUCCCUCAGCUCCUUCUUCAAGACAGUGAAAGAAGAAUCUUGUUAA